AUGUUUGGCAGGGUGGCAAGUCAUGAGAAUGAGGUGGUAUUUCACAGCAGACGAGGGCGGUUUGGGGGGAGUCAUGUCAUAAAAAUAUCCAAGACAAGAAGCGAAUUUGAUUGCGGUUAUGCGUGCGCCGAUGAGCCUGAAUGCGUGUCAGUUAACUUCAAAGUGAAAGGAGAGAACGAAGGUUUAUGUGAACUUAAUUCUCGAAGCCUCAAAGAAUCACCCGAAGAAGUGCAAAGCGAUGAAGAAUAUGUGUAUCUUGAAGUUUUAACGCGGAGUUGCGAUGAGAAUGAGGAAUUUUCAGAAGGGGAAUUUUAUGACGUGUUCUGUCACAUGACCGAUAUUGAAGCAUGUGGUAAAGGAGGCUGGACACUAGUCAUGAAGUUGGACGGGAAUAAGAAUACAUUUAUCUAUGGUUCUUCUCUGUGGACAAACAACGAGACACAUGCGAUACAAGAUGGUCUGGAAGGACUGACAGAGAAAGAAAGCAAGUUGGCUUCGUACUGGAAUACUCCGUUCACAAAGAUUUGCCUGGGUAUGUCGUAUAACGGAGACAAAAGGUGGAUGACCUUCAAAUAUACCGCAAGUUCGUUGUACAGUGUGUUAGCUGACGGACAAUUUAGAGCAACGACCGCUAGCCGAACAGCAUGGAAAUCUCUCAUCGCAGGCUCAUCAUUGCAGAGAAACUGCAAUAAAGAGGGUUUUAAUGUACUCCGUGUAUAUGACUAUAAACUCCGUAUUGGUAUCGUUGCUAAUGAACAAAAUGAUUGUAACUCGUGCGAUUCAUGGCUUGGAUUUGGAACAACGGUCAAUGGGAAGACUUGUGGCAAUUUCGCCGUCCACUCACCGGACAACGGUGACAAAGAUUUAGUGACAUUUGCAUAUAUUCUCGUUCAAUAGUUACCUAAAAUACUUUGCGUAUUUCUUGAGUCUCGUCUCAAUUCAGAAAAUAAUAGGCAUUCGGAUCACGACACGACAAAAAAGACUUGUUUAAUUUGCAAAGUUUGUUUCGUAGAUGGUAAUCCAUCUCCAUCCUGUUAGGCGUGGAUGUUGUGAAAGUUAUGCUCUAUUAUAUUCCAAUCAAUUAACUGUAAAUAUAUUUAAAUCAAAUAAUUAAAAAUCA